UUCACUUGUCUUAAGUUCGUCGUCGGGCCAUUUUGACACGGCAGAGUGCGACCAUGGACCAUCUCUUGGACCUCUACCGCGAGAUGGAGCCGGUCGAGGUGUUUAUGGCCGCGCUCCGCGCAUCGGACGCGUAUCUCUCGAUUGACUUUCAGGACGCGGUCGUGGCCGAGAUCUUCCGGGACCCGAUCUGCGACGACUAUGCGCCCAAGCAAGCCUACACCUAUCGCAUCAUCAAGAUGUACGUGCACGAUGCGGAAAUGGCUGGCGGCGACAUCUCGGACGAGCUCAUGGCCGAGCUCAUGGCGCGCAUCUCCAACAACAAGAGCUUCAACAACCUCGACGAGCUGCACCACGUCUCGUAUCGGCUCCGAUUGCCCAACGCCGCUCGGAACGAUGUCAUUACGUGCCGCGUCGCCACGGCCCACAACGAAGUCGGCAUGAAGCUCUGGGAAGCGGGCUUUUACCUCGCCGAAUAUGGCCUCGCGCACCCGGCAGCAUUUGCCAACAAGCGUGUGAUCGAGCUCGGCGCCGGCGCCGGCUUUACCGGCCUCGUGCUUGCGGCCAACGCUGCGCCGCCCGCCCAUGUGCUGGUCACCGACUAUGCCCCCGUCGUCCUUCAAAACUUGCGCUACAACGUCGAGCUCAACGCCUUUCGAGGCAUGCUCUCGCGCUGCCUCGUGACAACCGCGGCGCUCGAUUGGACCAACUGGAAUUGGGCCGACUGCGAGACGGCGUACGAUGUGCUCAUUGCCGGCGACUGCGUCUACGACGUCCGCACCUUUCCCGAUCUCAUGCGCGUCCUCGCCGCCUUCUUGGCGCGGCCACGCACGACCGCGAUCUUUGCCUCGACGAUCCGCAACGCCUCGACGUUCCAGGCCUUCUUGGACCAGCUCCACGCGCAUGCGAUCGACUAUGUCGAGCUGCCGUGCGACUUUCCGGCCUUGUUUACGUACGCCAACCGCGACUCGAUUCGGCUCACCGAGUUGCGGGCGCGCGACUAA